AUGGCUGAAGGACGCGCUGCCGCCGAGUGGGAGAUCGACGUAGAGAGCGUGGAGGGGGAGGCGGCCGAGGCCUCCGGCGCGCCGCGCAGCAGCGGCGGCCCGGAGGAGGAAGAGGAGGAGGAGGAAGGCGAGGAGGCGGCGGCGGCCCCGCGGCGGGGCGAGCCGCGGAAGCUGAGCCGCACGCCCAAGUGCGCCCGAUGCCGCAACCACGGCGUGGUGUCGUGCCUGAAGGGACACAAGCGGUUCUGCCGCUGGCGCGACUGCCAGUGCGCCAACUGCCUGCUGGUGGUGGAGCGGCAGCGCGUCAUGGCCGCCCAGGUGGCGCUCCGACGGCAGCAGGCCACCGAGGACAAGAAGGGGCUGGCGGGGAAGCAGGCGAGCCUGGAACGCAAAGCCGUCUACCAGAGGCACGUCCGGACGCCCAGCCUCCUGGCCAAGAGCAUCCUGGAAGGUUACCGUCCUAUUGCAACAGACCCUUACCUGGGAGGGAAUUCACCCUUGCCACCCCCUGUAAGUGACAGGAUGAGAAAGAGACGGGCUUUUGCUGAUAAAGAGUUGGAGAACAUUAUGCUAGAAAGAGAGUAUAAAGAGAGAGAGAUGAUGGAAGCUACACAAGCAGCUGCCCUUUUUCUCCCUAACCGCAUGGUGCAUGGAGCUGAAUACAACUCAUAUAAAACAGCCUUCAAUACUACUCAAGUUGAUACUCCAAACAAGGAGUUUUGCAAUUUUUUACCAGCCUGCCUUGAUCUAACCAUGCAGUAUUCAGGAUCCAGCAACAUGGAACUCAUUUCCUCAAAUGUCAGUGUAGCUACUACCUACAGGCAGUAUCCCCUGUCUUCUAGGUUCUUAGUGUGGCCAAAAUGUGGUUCCAUUAGCGAUGCUCUCCUCUACCAGCAAUGCCUGUUAAACGCUACUACUGUCCAAGCUCUCAAACCUGGGGCAGGUUGGGAUGCCAAGGUCUCACAAAGUCAGGACUGUCCAAACACUGAGCAUGACAUCAUGUCUCCAAAACUGGAAAACUCACUCGUUCUGACCCACACGCAAGACAUUCAGCAGUCAUGUAAUGAGAUACCGUGUCUUCCUCAGGAAGCUCGUGAGAGGUCAGCUUUCUCUCCUCCAAAAAGGACUUUCUCUCAGAUUUCUGAUAAGGAUUCUCUGGCUCCUCAGGAACAGGUAUUAAGCAAGAUCAGCAAAGACAGUACCAAGCUCCCUCCACCGCUCAAAUACAAUCCAUUUCAGUCGCUGUUCCAGCAAACGUUUCCUGACAGAUCAGGAGCAGAGUUGAGAACGUCAUUUGUGAAAGAAACUUUUGAAGAUGCUUCUAAGAAAUACAGAGAGUGUGCCAUCAAAGAGAACCAAAAAUACAAGUUUACAAUAGACAAAUGCACAAAAGAGUUCUUUGGGGCCAAACAGGCCACAACAAAACUUUCAACAACUGAACCACUGUCGUUUUCAGUUGAAUCCAUCCUUAAACGACCUUCUUCUACAGUUGCUAAUGUCUCUCAGUGA